CGACUGCCGGAGCGGGGAGGGCGGGAAUCUAGGGUUGCCCCCGAUGGCCGGCGGGGAGAGGACCUUCAAGGCCAACUUCACCGCCGACGGGGUGGCGGCGCUGCGGGAGCGCAUCAGGGACAAGCUCAAUGACCUCAUGGAGGAUUACACCGACGACACCCUCGUGGAGUAUGUCGUGGUGCUGGUCAGAAAUGGGAGAGGGAAGGACGAGGCUGCAACGGAGCUCAAGGUGUUUCUGGGCAAAGACAACGAUGCAUUCGUAUCCUGGUUGUGGGAUCACCUCUCCUCAAACUUGCACCUUUAUGUGCAACCCAAAGCUGUCUCAACCAACGAUGACGCUAAAAACACUCGCGGUGCUGCUAGAGGAUUGCCGGUACAUAAUUCGUCUAGCAAUGCACGGGCUAGCCGUGAACCUGAAGGCGAAACCCAGAAAACGGCGAGGGUUCAGCAGAAGAGGGAGUGGGGAGGAAUGGUCCGGGUGCAUUCAGAAGCUGUUCCCCUGAUUCGGAGUGUUGUAUCUCCUGUUUCACAUGCAGAGGAAGAAACCUCUCCUAGAUUGGAGGCUGUAAGACGACCCCGCGAACCAGACAUGCAUCACCAGAGAAAGAGAGGCAGAGAGGACGACACACGGCCAGCCAAGAGAACAUCCCAGCAAGUCAUUAGUGCACCACGCCGGCUUCUUCAGUUUGCUGUUCGUGAUGCUGUCAGAAUGCAGCCAGUGACCCCUAGAUCGGAAUCAUCUUCCAAACGACUUCGUUCUGUCGUGUCUACAGUAGCACCAGAUUCAGCAGUUAAUGGCAGGUUGCAGAAAUUGAAGUCUGACGUGAGAAUACCAGGUGCCACAGCAGCAUUAAGAGCUGCAGCUGAGGCUGCUGAAGAUGUUCUCAAGGACAGAUAUUCUGAAAGUGUCUUUGACCGAAAUUCUGCAAGUGUCUUUGACAGAAAUUCUGAAAGUGUCUUUGACCGAAAUUCUGAAAGUGUCUUUGACAGAUUGGGUAGAAAUCCUCUGUUGACUGAUACUGAAGAAACAUUCGAUUUCAGAGAACAAGAUCCGGAAGAUGGAGAAUACAAGCAUAUAGAUGAAGCCCGAGCAGAAAAACAUUUAGAAUUUCGUGAAAGAAAUCAGUAUGUUGCCGGUGAUACUCAUAUGUAUGACCGGGAAACAGAGAAAGCUGCUGAUUCUGCACGUGAUAUUUAUCGGUAUGAAGACACUGGUGCAGUUAGGUAUAAUGGUGUGAAUUCUUACCGAAGUAGAUUGCCUCCUAGUGAAGGCAAAGAGUCAUUAGUAGCGGGGUACAAUAUGGCAGAAGGAGCUGCUGGUGCAAGAAGCAGAAGGCAGAUAGCCGAAGACACACAUGCUAGUUCAGGACCAAGAACAUCUGAAAAGGUCCUAAAUAUAUCUGCUUACAGUAAUACUCGGACUCCUCCCAAUCAUGAAACAUCAAGAAAUGCUGCCACAUUUGAGCAGCAAGUGCUCAUGGGGAAGAAAGAUGUUGGCUCAAGAAAACCAAUUGCGACAGUUGCACAUGCUAAAGAUAUACACAUGGCCGAUAAUUCCAAAGACUCAGUGAAUUCAAGUUCAUUGGUGGAGGCACCCAAGACUUCAUCAGUUGCUGCUACAGGCCAACCCGAAAGUAGCCCUGAUUCUAGAACUAUCUUUGUUAGCAAUGUACAUUUUGGUGCAACUAAAGAUGCUCUUUCUCGUCAUUUCAAUAAGUGUGGGGCUGUGCUAAAAACCCUUAUUGUUUCUGAUGCUGUCACUGGUCAGCCAACAGGCUCAGCGUACAUUGAGUUCUUGCAAAAAGAUUCAGCAGAGCAGGCACUAACCCUGAACGGGACAUCUUUUAUGUCUCGCAUUGUGAAGGUUGUUCGAAAAAGCUCUGUCGAAGUGCCUCAAGUGGCUGGCUGGUCCCGUGGUGCUCGUGCAUCACCAUUUGCUUCAAGGCUCAUUAGAACCGCAUACCCAAGACCGACAUUUCCUGGGGCUAUUCGCGGUCGUUUAGGACUGAGAGGUAAUGCUCGGAAUUUUCAGUGGAAGCGGGAGGCUGCUGAUUCUGCUGAUGCGGGAAAACCUAGUCAAGCUACACCUGUAACUCUUGGGAGUCAGACAUUAACCCCAAUGACGCGAAGCUUCACUUACACACGCACUGAGCCAAAACAGGAUGUUGGUGCGACAGCAAACAUUUGAUCGACUCCUCCACAGCAUGCUGCUGGUCCUGAUGAAACUCACAGAAGUAGCUCAAAAUUCAUGGCCAUUCCAUAGUUUAGCCUCUUUUGGUAAAUACUAUUUAGUUGGAGAGCUUAGUGGCUGGCAGGUUUUAUGGAACUGAAAUCUUGAGCUUUAAUCUGUGAGUGAUUUUGUGUGCUCCCCCAUCGGCGAGGCAUUCAUGCUGUCCGGCUAUGUUAAUUAUGUGGAGUGGAUAAACGUCAAAAAUGAGGCUGUAGAGUGUUAGGCACAUUUCAACAUUUGUUAUUAUUAGAUUCUGCCAGCUUCAGUG